GUCGCAGGACAGGUUUUUUGUUGGUAAGUGAAAUCCAUUGGUACAAUCAAAAGUAAACGCAGGAGCAUGCCCGCGCUUUCCGGCCGGUCAAUAAAAUCUCAUCAUAUCCAUUUUCUCGUUUAGCAUUUGUUAUCACAGAUCUUCGACGCUAUCUCUCGAUCCGAAUUCCUCUAACUUGGUCAGAACCUGUUGUAAAACGUAAGCUCCACUUGUCCCCUCUACCGUCCCCCCGUGUUAACUAUGUGUUCCCGUAUAGCACUAACGUCUGGGUCGGGCGCUAACGACCCUAAACUCGUGCGUCUCUCAUGCAUGUCCUAGCUGGACACUGUCCUCAUCAACAUCUAAUAACUUAGACGACCUACAAUGAACUACCCCCCGCAAUUAGCAAUGCAACCUAGUUCCACUCAACUAGGUCACAAUCAAUUCUCCCAACGACCUACCUCCUCCAACAUGUCCUUUGGAAUGCCCAUGAACACCAAUCCCGGCAUCUCCCAAAUGAACGGUGCAAACAUGCCCAUGAAUCCCGGCAACAACAUGGGUGUACCUAUGAACCCAGCCAUGUCGAUGAAUUCACACAACAUGUCCAUGAACAACAUGCCGAUGAACAUGAACAUGAACAACAUCAAUCCAUCCAUCCUCGCCGCUUUUCAGAACCCCCAAAAUUCACAGAAUGGCAUGAUGGCCAAAUUUCCAAACUACCAGGCCUCUCAGCAGUCCAUCCCCCCUUCCACGCCUAAUCUUGGUUCUACGCAGGGCCAGGGCCAGUCCAUAUCGCCCUCGCAGCUCAUGUCAGCUUCCCCGUCACAGCUUAUGGCUCAACAACUACAUUCGCAAGGCUCUAAUUUGACGCUCACCCCUGCGCAGCUCCUUCAACAGCAGCAAGGCGGCAUGAGCCAAACCUCUAUGGGCACCAUGCACCCGGGUAUGAGUGGAAUGGCCGGGAUGAACAUGGGUGCCGGUGGAAUGCAGAAUUUGAAUAUUGGCAACUCCAUGCCCAACAUCAACGGAGGUGCGAUGAACAUGCCUACCGGUAUGCAGAACAUGAGCGCCAACAUGGGCAUGUCCAACAUGAUGAGCGGUAUGCCAAACCUCAGCAACCCUCAGGUACGCAUGCCCAUAACGCCUCAGCGUUGGUCGCAGAUGUCGCCACAGGAUCGUGCCCUCUUCCAGCAGCAACGGCAUCAACUUGGCCUAGCUCAACCGUCAAGCGCUCCUAAUCAGCAACAUCACGAGCGGGGCCCAAGCCUGACGCACGAUCGCCCACCGAGCCAACAUGGGAGACACGACCGUGCCUCAAGUCAAUCGCAUGACAGGCAGCCCAGCCAACAGCCGCAGGACAUCUCUCAGGUCACCGAUCGCCCCUCUUCAUCUGCGUCCAUUCGUUCCCAUCACUCCCAUCAUAACCUUGAUUCUGGCUUGAUGCCCCCACCAUCCUCUCGACCCGGUACUUCUAGCAGCGGCAUGGGUGUUCCGAACGUUAAUCCACGGAUGAAUCAGCAAUCCAUGAAUCUAAACCCGCACCUUAACAUGCCGCCCAGUGCCAACAUCAAUCCUAACAUGAACACUAGCAGUAACAUCAACCCUCACAUGAACCAGGCCUCGAAUAUCAACCCUGUGAUGAACCCAAUCCAGGCCCAGCAGAACAUGAAUUCCGUCAUGCACAUGAACAUGGCUCCGUCGAAUAUCAACCCCGUGAUGAACCAGGUUCAAAAUAUGAAUAUGAAUCCGCAUUUGAAUCACCCUCCGACGAGAGCGGAUUCUGCGCAUGGACUUGCUGCGUCGCCAAAGCAAUCACCGAGGAUGUCGGGGAUGAUGAAUCUUGCUGGUGGCCCUCCUGGAGGCAUGCCCGGUAACAUGGGCGGCCAGAUCAACCUUGGAAUGACAGGGAUGCCAAGCGGUGGAAUGGGAAUGCAUGGUGCCCCCAUGAGUGGCGCCCCUGGUGGUGGCAUGAACAUGAGUAUGGGCGGCAAUAUGAACACCGCCAUGGGGACAAUGGGCAAUGCUGGUGUAGGUAGCAUGGGGAAUGUACCCAGUAUGGGCGGCAUGGGUAAUCUUGGCUCAGUGAACAUGAAUGCCAACACUAUCGGCGGUUUAGGAGCCGGUGGCAGCAUGCUAGGCGGAGCGGGGGGAGGUCUUAUGGGCCCCCCUGUGAUUCCUCAAUCCAUUCAGCGACCAGAAAGAGAUCAGAUGGUGCAGAGAGAACGCUCGAGCUCGCUCCAUGCACGCGAACAGAGUAUACCUCCGGCGUCUGCUACACCGUUUAUGGGUCAGAGUCUUGACAAUGCCAGCAUCCAGGGAUUGGGAAAUAUGGCUGGUAGCAUGGGUGCCAUGCCUCGGCAACAAUCCCAACCGCCAAUCAACACGCAUCAGCAAUCCCCUGCCCGUCAAAUCCCCUCCGGCCACCGUUCCCCCAUGCCUCUUGUUCGCAAGGCCGGAGAGAUACCCGCCACACCGGCGCUUUCCGGCACCCCAAACCCCGCCGCACCACAUCCAGGCGCAGCUGCGGUUCCGAAACUCCCCCCUCAUCUUGCAGGGCUCAAUCCCGCCGUAACCAAGAUCUCGUUGAUCCCUUACACCGUACAUUCGAAACCCGAAGCAACCACCGAUGGCGAAGACGAGAAGGUGCCUGUCGAAGGUGCGACUGAUUCCGAAGACGCUGUUACUUCCUCGCAGGUCAAAGUCGAAGAUCCAGUAAAAUUGCUGACCCCAUCGGAGAUCACUAUGUUGAAGGAAAUCAUGAAGCGCGAUACAACAUACGAUGCACUACACCGUACCAAACAAGCACGUAUGGCCCAGGAAUUGCGCACGCAUGGUCCUGCGUCGCGAAGUGCCUGGUGGGAACGUGAUCAUGUUCCGACCAUGGGCAUGAACCGUAGGCCCGAACGUUUCGAUGUGAGAUAUCCAAGAGCACCCAAUGCGGACCGGGGCUCGAAUAUCAAUUCGAGGAAGAAGGGUGUGAGGAGAGAAGGCAUUCGGAUCCCCAGGAAACUUCCACCUCAGCUGGCCAACCGCCCUGAGCAACUCGUGCCGAUCAGACUUGAGUUCGAUGUGGAGCAUCAUAAGAUGCGCGAGACCUUUGUAUGGAAUCUAAAUGAUCCUGUCAUCACUCCCGAGCAUUUUGCGCAGACGCUCGUCGAGGAUUAUGCGCUACCCCAGAGUUAUCACGGUGUCAUCACGAGAGCGAUUCAAGAGCAGUUGAGCGACUUCAAGGCUCAUAUUGCCCGCGUUGACGGCGACUGGAAACCUCCAUCCUCAGCGAGGGAGAUGGCGCUAACGGACGGCUAUAAGGCAGACGAAGAAGACGGGAAUGAGGCAGACAUGCGGGAGACGGACGCUGACGACAUUGCCGACGACUAUAAUCGCAAGCUUCUUGAAGAUGAUGACCUGACCAUGGUGGACCGGGGUAGUCUUGACGACGAGGACGUGAAAUGGUGGGAAUCAUGGCGCAAGCGAUCACGGCAAGAAAGCGCAUUUACUCGCAGCAUAUCCUUGAGGAAUCAACGCAAGCGUCGUAAGGUGGCCUCAGUCACGGUCGAGGAAAGUGACGCAUUCGAGACCGACAAGGAAAUACCACACAUUGUGGAUGAGAUCGAGAUCGAUGAGAAGACGGUGCAUGAGGAUUUACGGAUCUUGAUCAAGCUCGACAUUAUCGUCGGAUCUAUGAAGCUGGAUGAUCAGUUUGAAUGGGAUCUUGAGAAUGUGGAUGCUUCCCCUGAACAAUUCGCGGACGUAUAUGCGAAAGAGUUGGGCCUUGGUGGGGAAUUCAAAACGGCCAUCGCACAUUGCAUACGGGAACAAGUUCAAAUUUAUCAAAAAUCGCUGUUCCUCGUUGGUCACCCCUCAGAUGGUUCUACCGUCCAAGACGAUGACCUGCGCAUGUCCUUCCUACCCAGUCUUGCAUCCGGCGCUAGAGCAAUGGAUCAAGUACCAUCGUUCACACCUUUGCUCAACUAUCUCAGCGACGGCGAGAUUGAACGUAGUGAGAAGGAGAGGGAGAAAGAGCUCACCAAGCGCAGGAAACGGAAUACUCGAGGACGUCGAGGUAUUGCCUUGCCAGAUCGGGAGCCUAAUCGCACGUACCGCACACCUGCCUUGGGUUUCCCAGAGCUGGAUGCUGCAACCCUUGCGUUGGCCGCUGCGAACGCGCCAACUACUUCGAGACGUGCUGCGGCUGCCGCCGCUUCUCUCACGGUUGCCUCAGAAAAUGGCACAAGCGUCAUGCCGCUGCAGCUGCCUCCCCAGCAGAUCAUAUCUACUGCUGUCACUACUGGAAAAGAGAAGAAACCGAAAGGGUUGUUCAAGGCGCCAUCGUAUCCUUCUUCUGUCCUUCGGCCUCGUGCUCAGGUCACUGCUCCCACACCAUCGACAGCGGUUGAAUCGACGUCGAUGUUGCCUUCAUCGUUCCUUGACACUGAAGCACCUGCCUCCUCAGUUAGUGUCCCUGCCCCCGAUUCGCGAGCUGUCGCAAAGAAGGCCAAGGAGCUCGAAAGGGAGGCUAAGGAAAAAGAGUUUGUCGACGGACAGCAUGCCAAUGUGAUCAAUGGGGUGUGGCACUGCUCUAACUGCGGCUGUCCGGAUAGCGUUGCUAUCGGACGAAGAAAGGGUCCUUUGGGCGACAAAUCGCAAUGUGGCACAUGCGGCAAAUUCUGGCAUCGACACCGCAGACCACGUCCUGUAACAUAUAACCAAGAUCCUGAUUACCAUUUGAGCCUCAGGCGCGAAACAGAACAGGUUAAAACCGGGGUAAAACGAAAAGGACGAGCGCCGAAUUCUCAGGUGGCUGCUGAUGGCCAAGAUACGCCUAGUCGACAGAAAUUAGACCUUUUCGUCGAUAUCUCUACUCGAUUACCUGUACCGGCUUCCGAAGACGACAGAGCCAUGUCGCCAGUAUCGACUGCGUCUAGUGAUACAGAAGCUCCUCUUGCCCAACGCGUCACAAAAGUCAAUGGUGCUAAUCACGCAGGAGUUGCGUCGUCAUCUGGGACCCCUCCUCCGACGAGCAACGGGAUUGUACGUCCCAAGUCACCCAGGGAAAGUAGUGAUCCACUUCCAAAUGGCUCAUACGCCCCUCCGCCAUGGCUAACCACGGCAAUUCGUUCGCUUCAAGAACAAUACCCAGAUGACAAGUUCGAAGCAAUCCUACGUCGAGCUCCCCCGCGUACUGUAUUAGAGUGGAGGAUGAAAUGUCUGGAUUGCCCCGGCAAGUUAUAUAAUUCUGGGCCUGGGGAUACGCUGCAGAACUAUGAAGUCCAUCUCAGAAACCGACAACAUCGCUUACGGGUGAACUCCCGCCUGACGCAGGCGCCAGCAUCAUAACGGACGAUUUGCAUUGUAUUGGCUGGCUCGCGCUAUUUUAGUAUUUUUCUUUGUGCCAUCUGUUGUGCUCAUCUGCUAUCUGUAUAACGUAUAUACCUUUGCUUGUAAUCGCUAUUUGAUUACGUAACCAUGGUCAUUAAGCCGCUAACUUAGGGUGCGGGUAUGUGCCUCGUCUCAUGAU